CGCAUGGUCACUUCUCACGCCAAUUGUCCUCCAACCCCGCCUACAAAAGCUUCAACAACCAUGAGGGCUGUCACGAGGCUUUUUGCUGCUGUCAAGCCCAGCCAAUUCCUGGAGCCCGGUGCGCCGACGGGGCUCUGCGGUUUGCUCACCCAUCCGUCGCCGCGGUCUACACUGCUCUACCUCUAUAGCUCGACGCUGGAUAAGCUCAAGCAGCUCCCCGAAUCCUCGGUAUACCGCCAAUCUACCGAAGCUCUGACCAAGCACCGACUAUCAAUCAUCCAGUCGAUAAAGCCCGAGGGAUGGGAUAAGUGGGAAGCGAAGAUCAACGUGCACGUCUCCGACUUUCCGGAUGACUUCAAGACCAUCCAGACCUCAGGCGGAACAAUGAUAGAUGUGCCAAACAACGAGGAGGUGGACCUCAGGGCCAUUAAAUAUGAAUGGGGCGGAGAGGUUGAGAGUGCUAAUCUGGAAGGCCCUCGUUCGAUGAGGGAACGGCGGGGCCAGGCCGCUAGGACAAGCGGUGCACACAAGCAGUACAACCCGGAGAAGGUGCAUCGGGAUAUCAAGUUGGAGCCGGAACCCCCCCUUACCGCUGAACAGGUAUCUGAUCUCGAGGCCAAGAUUGGUGCCGGAUUAAUCGAAGAAGUCAUUCAGGUUGCUGAAGGUGAGCACAAGCUCGUGGAUGAGAUGGCAAAGUCAAGGGUCUGGGAAGAGCUUGUUGAGAAAGCUCCAGAGGGUCAAUGGUCAUAUUUUGAGCGUGGCACUCAUGCAUCAACCUAGAAGUCCUAAUUGCAACGUAGUAGGCGCAUGUAUAUAGCUGAGGAAGAGAUGAUUGUACUAGUUAAGAUAAAAUUCAUCACAAUCUAGUUUUUCACAUCA